AUAUAGAUAUAUACCUAUCUUCCAAAUCAUUACAUUACAUUGACUCACUGUCUCUCUCUCUAGAUCUCUCUCUCCUCUCUCUCUCAUCAAUACAAUUAGAUGGCGAGUGAGGGAGUGUCGUUUCUGCUUGAAAAGGUGAACGGUCUACUGAAACACUACAUCGAUCUGAUCGGCAACGCCGAAGACGAGCUUCUAGGGCUGAAGAGUGACCUCGAUACGUUGAAGUCGUUCCUCGCCGACGCGGCCGGUAAGCCGAACAAGGGGGAGGUCUUCAGACGCGCCGAGAGGAAGAUGAGGGAGGUUAUUUAUCAAGUGGAGGACACACUCGACACGUGUUUGACCGCCUCCGCCGCAAAGGCCAAAAAGAACCCUAUCCGCCGGCUUGCUCUGCCUAGCUACAGCUUGGCGAAAGAGGUCAAGUCACUCAGAGAAAGUAAGGUCAAAGAAAUUAUCCAAAUAGCCUACGGCGAACUCGGUAAGAUGCUUAUCGGCGGAGGAUCUGGGUCAACCGGUGAAGAUUCCGGGACAACGGUGACUGAGGUAAUACUAAUAUUGGAAAUUAUAUACUACGCCUGGUGUGAACAGAAUCGCACAAUCAGGCGAGAUAAAGUAAUAGGUCUAAAAGACGAGGAAGAUAAGAUAAUCGGGUAUCUCACGGAUGAGAAAACCGAACUCGAUGUUACCUCCAUCAUCGGCAUGCCCGGCCUGGGUAAGACGACGCUGGCAUGGAAGAUUUUCGAUAGCGAUAAUAUCAAACACGAAUUCCGGAUUCGAAUAUGGGUCAACAUUUCUCAAAAGUUCAACAGGCGAGACUUCUUUCUCGACAUCCUCAAAAAGUUCACUCGUUCCCGAAAAUUGUCCGGCCUCAACGAUCACGAGCUGGAGCAGCGGGUUCGCAAAUGUCUCGCAAACGAUAAGUUCUUGAUUGUAUUGGACGAUGUGUGGAGCGUCGAUCAUUGGGACGCGAUAAAGAAUGUCUUCCCAAUGGAAAACGGGGCGGGCAAAGUCAUGAUAACAAGUAGAGAAAAAGAUGUCGGUACGAGAGCUAGCGUCAGAGGAGGGCAUCCGCUGCGAUUCCUUACGACGGACGAAAGCUGGCAACUCCUCCAACUAGAGGUGUUUAACGGUGUCGGUGGUUGUCCCGAGGACUUGGAAAUCGUCGGGAAACGAAUAGCACACGACUGUGACGGACUGCCGCUGACAGUUGUUGUGAUUGGAGGAAUUCUUCAGUCCCAAUACACGAGUAGGCGUAGUACAGGCUUGGUGAGGAAAGAAUGGAUUAAGGUUUCGGAAAAUGUCUCGAGUUACUUGAAAGGCGAGAAGGUGUCGAGUGUCGUAGCAUUGAGUUACGAGCGGUUGCCCGAUGGGCUAAAGGAGUGUUUUGUGUACAUGGGGGUAUUCCCGGAAGAUCACGAGAUAUCGUCUUGGACACUAACACGCUUGUGGAUUGCGGAAGGAUUCGUCGAACGUCACCGGGAAGGACAAACCUUGGAGGAGAGUGCCGACGAGAAACUGAACGCUCUCGUCGACAGGAACUUGUUGAUGAUUGGCGAAACAAAUCCCACAGGCCAAAUCAAAACAUGCCGUGUUCAUGACUUGAUACGUACAUUCUGCACUACUAAAGCCCUCGAGCAGAGUCUUUUCCAAGAGGUUAAAAAAUCGAGCAACGGGGUUUUCGAGCCACCCGUUACCGCGAUGGAAGACUAUCACCGCCUUUGUUUCCAUUCCGACGAUCUAUCUGGAUUCUUCUCUAAGAAACUUAAGGGCCCCAGAGUUCGUUCCUUUUUACGUUUCUCCAGCGAGCCAGUUAAUCUGCAAAAAGAGCACGUUUCAACUAUUUCCGAUGCCUUCGGUUUGCUUAGGGUUUUGGAUUCCGUCUCCAUCAGGUUCCAUCAGUUUCCGCCGAAGCUCGACAAACUGAUUCAUUUGAGGUACAUCACCCUGUAUGUUCGUGAUCUUAAAGUCGUCCCGAAAUCCCUCUCCCAGCUCUGGAAUCUACAAAGUUUUGUAUUGGACACAAAUUCGACUAGCAUUACCAUGAAGGCCAAUAUAUGGAGGUUGAUUCAUCUGAGGCAUCUCAAGACUAAAGCCGCGAUUAAGCUCAAUAAAGAUUGGGGAGACGUAGCCGGUGAAAAUCUCCAGACGCUCGGUACAUUGUCGCACCAUUCUUGCACGGAUAACGUAUCCAGAAACACGUGCAAGAUAAAGAAACUGGGGAUUCGUGGGAAUUUGCAGACUCUUUUCCGUACAGAUUUCUUGGCAAAAUUGGAUCACCUGGAAAAGUUGAAGCUCGUGAACGAUACGUAUAUCGGAUCAUCAUCGAACAGUAUCGAUGAUGAUGAUGAUGACGACGACGGCGACGAUGAUGAUAAGCUGAGCAAUAAUAUUCACCUUAUUCCUCGAUCGAGCUGUUUACCGGGAAAAAUGAAGAGCCUGAGUUUAACAAAAACAUUUUUGAGUUGGAGUGAUGUGUCUACGAUACUGUCGAAGAUCGAUACACUGGAGGUACUCAAGUUGAAAGAGAACGCAUGCGCAGGAAAAACCUGGGAAGCCACCGCAGGUAAUAAAGGCUUUUGUUCUCUCCAUUUCUUGCUCAUUGCAGACGUCGAACUAGUCGACUGGACCGCCUCGUCGGACCAGUUUCCUAGUCUUACGUGUCUCUCGAUCAAGAACUGUAAGGAGCUUAGACAAAUCCCACUGGAGCUGGCGGAGAAACUCGAGAACUUGGAAAUAGACAACCUUUGCAGAUCAGCUACCGAUUCUGCCUUGAAAAUCAAGAAACUGAAGGAGGAGGAGGAGCAGCAGAAGAGGAAGGUAGGACAACAUGAACAGCAAGUCAGACGGCGGGCUGAAUUCCAUCUCUCGAUAGGUCUUGUAUGUGAUGAGUACGGACCAGUGCCUGUAGAUGAAGUUACCUCUCAAUCGGGUGCGGGAAAUUAG